AUGGUGCUUCUGCUGGUCGUUCUCAUCCCGGUGCUGGUGAGCUCGGCCGGCACGUCGGCGCACUACGAGAUGCUGGGCACCUGCCGCAUGGUCUGCGACCCUUACGGGGGCACCAAGGCGCCCAGCACGGCCGCCACGCCCGACCGCGGCCUCAUGCAGUCCCUGCCCACCUUCAUCCAGGGCCCCAAAGGCGAGGCAGGCAGGCCCGGGAAGGCGGGCCCGCGGGGGCCCCCCGGUGAGCCCGGGCCGCCGGGCCCCGCGGGCCCGCCGGGCGAGAAGGGCGAGCCCGGCCGCCAAGGCCUGCCGGGCCCUCCCGGGGCGCCCGGCCUGAACGCGGCCGGGGCCAUCAGCGCCGCCACCUACAGCACGGUGCCCAAGAUCGCCUUCUACGCCGGCCUCAAGCGGCAGCACGAAGGCUACGAGGUGCUCAAGUUCGACGACGUGGUCACCAACCUCGGUAACCACUACGAUCCCACCACGGGCAAGUUCACCUGCUCCAUCCCGGGCAUCUACUUCUUCACCUACCACGUCCUGAUGCGCGGAGGGGAUGGCACCAGCAUGUGGGCCGAUCUCUGCAAAAACAACCAGGUGCGUGCUAGCGCGAUCGCCCAAGACGCCGAUCAGAAUUACGACUAUGCGAGCAAUAGCGUGGUUCUUCAUUUGGAGCCAGGAGACGAAGUCUACAUCAAAUUAGAUGGUGGGAAAGCCCACGGAGGAAACAACAACAAAUACAGCACAUUUUCGGGAUUUAUUAUCUAUGCUGACUGAUCAUGCAAAAACUAAGCUUAUUACUCUGAGUUUGGACACUGGAUUCGUGUGGCUAACGUCAGUGAAUCGAGGACCCCAGGGGAUGCCGGAUGCGGGGCGCCUCAGCUGUGUGUAUGUGGGGAAUUCAAAUGCUACCUGACUCACAUCUGUAUACUCAGAAACAUUAUGUAAAAAAAAAUAUUAAAAGCAAGAUAAGCAGAUGUUGA